AUAAUUUGAGAUUGUUUUUUUAUACAAUUAGAAAAGAAGAGAAAAUAUUUAAGUUUGAGAUUUUGUAGGAAGUUGAGAGGGCUUAGAGAGGCUUUGUUGGUUGUUAGAAGUGAAGGAGAAAAGGAAGAGCGAAGACACUGAAAUCCAUCAAUUGUAUUUCUGAUAGUAGCCGCAGUGGCACUUGGCAAAUGCUUCAUUCAGCUUAGGAUUCCAUACCCCAAUUUGUAGCCUUCUCUUUGUAUUGGACCUAUUUUCAGUUGUUUCAAUGAGUUCCGCUCCGAAAAGAUCCCAUGAAGAAGGUGGCCAUUCCUCUACCCCUUCCAAAUACCCACACGAGGAAUCUGCCUCAUACCCUAAGCUCACAUCUGCCACUUCUACCGAAUACCAUCCCUCCUCCUAUGACGUUCCUCCUGAUGCCCGUAUUCCUAAAAUCCCCCCUCGGGAUGCUGAUAGAAGAUCCCCUUUGCAUGCUGUGCAUCGAGUGUUAUUGUCCCCCGCUGAUUUGCAUAUGGAUGCACAUUCUCUCCCUUCUGAAACCAGGCUGGAUUCCAGGGACUGCAGAGACCUCAGGCUUGAAACUCGAGAUCCUCGCACUGAAGCAAGGGAGAUGCAGGGCGAGGCUAAGAGGGAUUCCCAAAAUGUCAAAAUUGAGAAAGAUGUGAGAUUGGAUAUUAGACCUGAUGAGACUAAGGAAAUUAAAUAUGACAAGGAUGCUUAUAAUGAUCCCAAGACUGAUUCCAAGGUGGAAAAGGAUGGCUUUAGUGUGACUACGAGUCAGUUGAACUGGAAAGAUUCAAAAGAGUACCAUAGAGGAAAGAGGUACUCUGAACCUCCCGGCGGACAUGUAGAUCCUUGGAAUAUCUCACGAGCUCACUCCCAGGGCGCAAUUGAGAUUGGGAAGGAAGCCCCAAAAAUAGAGGAGAGGGAUUUUGCAGAAUCACAUGAGGCAGUUGGUGAGAACAAAGUCGAUUUAAAAGGUGAGGAUAGAUUUAAAGAUAAGGACAGAAAAAGAAAGGAUAUGAAACACCGGGAGUGGGGUGACAGAGACAAGGAAAGAAGUGACCGUAGGAGCAACAUUUCAGUAGGUAAUAGCAGUGCUGAGGGCAAAGAAUCAACUAGGGAAGAGAGAGAACCAGAUAGGUGGGAGAGGGAGAGGGAGAGGGAUAGGGAAAGGGAAAGGGAGAGAGAAAGGAAAGAUAUUAUGAAGGACAGGGAUAGGCUAAAAGAAAAAGAUCAUACCAAGAGAGAAUUAUGGAAUGGGGUAGAUAGAGAGAGUUUACAAAAUGAGAAAGAAUCAGGGGAUGUAUCUGUCAGAAUGACAGAACAGGAAAAUUUAUCUUUAGAGCAAAAAAAACAGAAAGAUUUUGAUGGAUGGAAAAAUGUUGAAAGAGAAGCUAGAGACAGGAGGAAAGAAAGAGACACUGAUGUGGAAGGAGAUAGACCUGAAAAACGUAGCAGGUUGUAUGAGAAAGAAUCAGAUGAUGGAUGUGCAGAUGAAGGGGCUACAGAAAGGGAAAGGGAGGUGUUUGGUUAUGGCGUUCAGCAGCGUAAGCGGAUGAUUCGGCCCAGGGGAAGCCCACAAGUGACAAGUCGAGAGCCGCGUUUUAAGUCGCACACUCAGGAAAAUGAAGGAUCUCAAGGAAAAUUGGAGGUAUCAUCUGUUGUUUAUAAAGUUGGUGAAUGUAUGCAAGAUUUGAUAAAGCUAUGGAGGGGGUUUCUAAACUCUUAUGAAUAUGGAAAAAGUGUUCAUAAUGGUCCCACUCUUGAAAUUAGGAUACCUGCAGAGCACGUGACUGCUACAAAUCGUCAAGUAAGAGGUGGCCAGCUAUGGGGGACAGAUAUAUACACAGAUGAUUCUGAUCUUGUUGCUGUUCUCAUGCAUACAGGUUACUGCCGCCCCACUGCUUCUCCUCCUCCAGCCGCCAUCCAAGAGUUGCGUGCUACGAUCCGUGUGUUGCCUUCACAAGAUAGCUACACUUCUAUGCUGAGAAAUAAUGUCCGUUCUCGUGCCUGGGGAGCUGGAAUUGGCUGUAGUUACCGUGUUGAGCGCUGCUGCAUUGUGAAGAGAGGAGGUGGAACCAUUGAUCUUGAGCCUUGUCUUACACACACAUCAGCUGUUGAACCUACUCUUGCUCCUGUGGCAGUGGAGCGGACAAUGACUACAAGGGCUGCUGCUUCGAAUGCAUUGCGGCAACAGAGAUUUGUGCGUGAAGUUACAAUACAGUACAACCUUUGCAAUGAACCUUGGAUAAAGUACAGCAUCAGUAUUAUUGCUGACAAGGGUCUGAAAAAGCCCCUUUAUACUUCCGCCCGAUUGAAGAAGGGUGAAGUCCUGUAUUUGGAAACACAUUCAUGCAGGUAUGAGCUGUGCUUUACUGGAGAGAAAAUGGUGAAAGCCACACAGUUGAUUCAUGGUCAUGAAGAGGCAGAGAAGUCUCAUAAUCAUCUUCCACAUACCUCAAAUGGUGAAAAAAUGGAGUCGGAUAAUAUUCUGACUGACGUUUUUCGAUGGUCUCGAUGUAAGAAGCCCCUGCCACAGAAGGUUAUGCGUUCAGUAGGGAUUCCAUUACCCUCCGAGUUUGUUGAGGUAUUGGAGGAAAAUGUUGAGUGGGAGGAUGUGCAAUGGUCACAAACUGGUGUUUGGAUAGCUGGGAAAGAAUACACACUUGCAAGGGUGCAUUUUCUCUCUCUAAAUUAGCCUCUUAUCUUCUUGUAUAUGUACAAGUAUAUGUAUGAAUCAUAUUAAUCUAAUAGUUGAAUUAUUCUGUUUUCUUCAAA